UUAUAUAUUUUAUUUAUUCCUCUGCAGAUCAGAAACCGAGACUAAGCGUCAGUCGUGAUGAUCAGUUUGAUGAAUUCAGAUUUUUAUGUGAAAUAUCAGGGUCAGAGUCAGUAACUGCUGAUUUUAGCUGUAAUCUCUACACUGGAGAAAAUCCUCAGCUUUUCCUAAACCAAAGAUCUCAAAAGGGAAACUCUGUGAAGGUUUGUAGUUUUACAGCACAGAGAGCCGCUGUGUUUAAUCGUCUGCAGUCAGUAAAGAGUCGUGAAGUGAGCUGUGAUUAUUCACUGAUCUCUGACCCGACUGCUCGCUCUCUAAUGAGUGAUAAAUACAACAUGACGCAUUUCUUUACAACAACAACAACAACAACAACAACAACAACAAUAACAACAACAACAACAACGACGAGUGAUAAAUACAACAUGACACGUUUCUUUCCUACACCAACACAGCCGUCCAUCACUGCUGAGAAAUCCACUGCAUAUUCCUCUUCUGAAUCAACACCGCAGUCCAUCACUACACAGAAAUCCACUGCAGGAUCGCUGCCUACCGUACUGUCAGUCACCGGUGUGUGUGUUUUACUGGCUGGACUGAUGAGCUUCUGUCUCUGCGUGUGUAGCAACGGUGAUGAGGUUUACACAGAGGUGAUGUAUACACUCUCCUCUCAGCAGUUCUCAGAGGAAACACAGCUCCUUUCAGCUUCCUCUGAAUGAUGGACACUGAACAGCUUCUGUCUUCUGUCUCAGUUUAAAGUCUGAACUCAAUAAACUCUUAUUUGUUAAAUAACACAAAUGUUCCUAACAAUUCAUUUGAUUCUCAUGAAUGCUUUUCACAGUCUGCCUUUAUCAUGAACCGUGUGUUUUCUAAAGGAAAUCUGCAGGGUGAACUAUUUUACUGUUGAAUUUGAAACGCACAAUAAAUCAUUUCAUCAGAGAUGCACUUUGAAUCAUCCGGGUAUUGCUUCUUUAUCUUUUAUCUUCUUAUAGUAACUGUGUUGAAGUUAAUCCAACUAUGUAGAAAUUAAAAAAAAAUAAUAAAAUAGUAAAAACUUUACUGAGCAGAUUCUGGGGCGUUGUGUCCCCCUAGUGGGUGAAAUAAAUACUGCCGUUAAACCAGAGAAGAAGGAACAGUGAGGACAGUUCUGUAAUCAUAGGCAGGAUUAAAUGAAUGAAUGUUGGCUCUCCCUAGUCUAUAAAUGAAGUACUGAUAUUAAACAUCUUCAUGAGGGAAGCCUGGAGGUGAUGCAGUGAUGAUGUGGAGUGAUGGGUCAAAGAAAAAGUUUGCUGUGUUGUAUUGUGUUAUACUUAUUGUACCUGGUUCACUUGUACAGCGUCUAUUUAUUGUCUUGUAUCUUGUCUGUGUACAGUGGUUAAUGUUCUGCUUCUGCAUUCUGAUAUUUUGAUCAUAAUGUGUGGUUUUGUUCGUAAUGUGUGGCUUUCUGUGAAUACAUUUCCAGCACUGACAGUUUAAAGGUCUACUGUAUCAAAGAAGCUGACAACAUACUGUGUCAUAAAUAUUAAACCCUUACCUAAUGU